UAAAGUCAGUCGUCGUAUGAUAGAAUGCAAGAUGAAUCGUUGGAGCGGAAAGGUAGCGAUGGUGACCGGCGCGAGUAGCGGCAUCGGUGCCGCGCUAGCGAAAUCUUUGACAAGUCAAGGAGUAAUAGUGGUCGGCAUGUCGAGAAGAUUGUCAAAGCUUCGGGAAUUAUUUAGCACGGAAAUCGGCAAGAACAAGUUUUACCCGAUCGAAUGCGAUGUCACGAAAGAGGAAGAUAUCCUGAAGGCGUUCAAAUGGGUGGAGAAGGAGCUCGGUGGCGUUGACGUCUUGGUGAACAACGCUGGAAUCAACACGAUGAAACCUAUCAUAGAAUCGAAUAGCGAAGAAUGCCGUAAUCUUAUAGAGACCAACCUGAUAGCUCCGGCAAUUUUUGCACGAGAAGCCAUACUCUCCAUGAAGAAACGUAACGCAGCCGGUCACAUAGUCAACAUUAACAGCAUAGCUGGACAAUUCGCUGAAAGUAUAAGCGUGCCACUCGGCAUGUAUUGCCCAAGUAAAUAUGGCCUCAGAGCUCUGAGUACGGAACUUCGACACGAAAUCACAACAGCCAAAUUGAACAUCAAAGUCACGAACAUCAGUCCUGGUGCUGUAGAUACCAACAUGGUAAGAAAUUUAAUGCCAAAUAUAGACUCCAUGUCUGUCCCAAUGUUGCAAGACAUAGACGUCGCCAACGCAGUCGUUUACACCUUGGGUACACCUGAAGGUGUGGAGGUUUCCGAAAUUACAUUAACGGCAAAGAAGUAAAUAAUAGGCAUCUCGAAAGAACUCACGCGCCAUGCUAAGGAGCCCAAAAGAGAUCGACAUGACUGGCUAGCUAGAAAAACACGAUGUGAUUUAUGGCGAUAGAAAAUAGUUAGGACAGAUACUUGAAGAAAUUUGAAGAAGUA